AUGGCGACUGACUAUUAUGAGAUAUCUUGUACGGCAGUGGUGCUUAUCGGAGACCCUGGCGUCGGCAAAUCCAACCUCUUAUGGCGAUUCACACAGAACGAAUUUAAGCCCGACUCCAAGACUACCAUCGGCGUCGAAUUUGGAACACGCUCUAUGCAUGUCGAUAAUGUGAAAGUCAAAGCUCAGAUUUGGGAUACCGCUGGGCAGGAACGCUAUAGGGCAAUUACCAAUGCGUACUAUCGCGGCGGUGUGGGUGCGCUCCUCGUUUACGAUAUCAGCAAGCGGCAGACAUACGAAAAUGUUGGUCGGUGGUUGCACGAGCUCCGGGACCGUUCGAGCUCCAACAUCAUUACCAUGCUAGUGGGCAACAAAAAUGAUCUGGGUAAUCAGAGGGCUGUAUCGACCGAGGAGGCCAAAAUAUUUGCCAGCAAUAAUAACCUUUCCUUUAUUGAAACCUCAGCAUUAGACUGCAGUAAUGUGGAUGUCACCUUUUCUAAAGUUCUUACUGGUAGGUACUUGGCUGCAACCCUUGUUUAA